AUGGCGCCUCAGACAGAAAAGGACUAUGCCGCCUUGUACAAGAAGCUCUCGACUCCUCCGCCCCCGGGCUCCCCCUACGGACUUCCGAUCCCCGGCUCCGAGCGGCCCAACCGAUCCCCCGUCUACCGGCACUGGGCCGUCCGCGACGGGCCUCUCGUCACCACGCUAGAGCCCGAGGUGCACUCGACACACGACGUCUUUGAGAGGAGCGCCCGGAAGUGGCCCAAUGCCAACUGUCUCGGCACCCGUCACUGGAACCCAGCUUCUCAGAAGUGGGAGGACAAGUACGACUGGCUCAGCUACGCCCAGGUUGACGCCCGGAGGAAGAACUUUGGCGCCGGCAUUGUCGAGAUCCACAAGGCCAUCAACUACCCGGCCGACAAGUACGGCGUGGCACUGUGGUCGCAGAACCGCGCCGAGUGGCAGAUAACUGACCUCGGCCUUGUUUCUCAGUCUCUCUACUCGGUUUCCCUCUAUGAGACACUCGGCCCCGACACAACCGAGUACAUCAUCAACCAUGCCGAAGUCGCCUGUGUUGUCUGCUCUCUGCCUCAUAUCCCCGUCCUCCUCAAGAUGUCGCCUCGCCUGCCCGGCCUGAAGCUCAUCGUGUCUCUGGACCCUCUGGACCAUGGCGAGCUGGCUUCCCACACCAAGGCCGCGGUUCUCAACGAAAUCGCCUCUCAUCAUGGUAUCCAGAUCUUCUCCAUGGCUCAGGUUGAGGAGAUUGGUGCGAGGUCUGGACUUGCGCCUCGAAGCCCGGUCCCCGAUGACGUGUGUACCAUCAACUAUACCUCUGGCACCACUGGUAACCCCAAGGGUGUUUUGAUCACCCACAAGAAUGCCGUGGCUGCUAUUGCGGGUGGAAGAACCAACGGAAACGUUGGUCCAGGACCCAAGGAUGUUCAUAUAUCGUAUCUGCCUCUUGCGCAUAUCUACGGCCGUCUCAUCGAUCAGAUCGCAUUUGCUGAAGGCUCAGCUGUUGGCUUUUUCCGAGGCGAUAUCCUCGGUCUGGUUGACGAUAUGAAGAUUCUCCAACCUACUGGCUUCAUUUCUGUACCACGACUCUUCAACCGCUUCAACUCGGCUAUUCGAACCGCCACCAUUGAAGCGGACGGUGUCCGAGGCGCCCUGUCUCGGCGUGUCAUCAACACCAAGAAGGCCAACAUGCGAGCAGCCCCUGGCAAGGCCUCCAACUCGCACUUCCUGUACGAUAGAAUCUGGACGCCCAAGGUCAAGGCCGCUGUUGGCCUCCAAAAGGUUCACAGCAUGGUCAGCGGCAGUGCUCAACUCGACCCCGAUGUUCAGGAGUUCCUUCGCGCUGCCUUUGGCAACCACUUUGCCCAGGGAUUCGGCAUGACGGAAACGUAUGCCGUCGGAACCAUCCAGGCACGAGGUGACUUCACCCUCGGCAACAUUGGUGGUCCCAUGUGCUGCGUUGAAGUUUGCCUCGAGUCGGUGCCAGAGUUUGAUUACACGGUGGAUGACAAGCCCAACCCUCGCGGUGAGCUCCUGCUACGCGGACCCGUCAUCUUCCGCGAGUAUUACAAGAACGAGGAGGAGACCACCAAGACCCUCGAUCCCGACGGAUGGUUCCACAGCGGUGAUAUCGCCGAGGUCGACAAGAUGGGCCGCUUCAAGAUCAUCGACCGUAAGAAGAACGUGCUGAAGCUGGCCCAGGGCGAGUACAUCUCCCCCGAGCGCAUCGAAAACGUCUACAUGGGCAGCACCAACCUCAUCACCAUGGCCUACGUCCACGGCGACGGCACUCAGUCGUCGCUGGUCGGAAUCUUUGGCAUCGACGUGGAGAACUUUGCGCCGUUCGCCAGCAAGAUCCUGCAGGAGACUAUCGCCCCCAGCGAGGUUGCUGCUCUCCGGGAGGCGGCCAACAACCCCAAGGUGAAGGCCAAGUUCCUCAAGCUCCUGGAUGACAUUGGUCGCAAGCACAAGUUUAAUAGCUUUGAGAAAGUGCGCAAUGUCCACCUCGAGAUUGACCCCUUUACUAUCGACAACGGGUUGUUCACUCCUACGCUCAAGCUGAAGCGCCCUCAGACGGCCAAGGCUUUCCGGGACCACCUGGACCGCCUGUACGAGGAGCUCAACGCCCAGGAACCUACUGGCAAGAGCAGACUGUAA